UUGCUUAAGCAACAGGCAGGGGCUCGGGCUGCGCUCCACUCGCUCCGAGGACACUGCGCAAUGACCAGCAAAAGCAGCCCACUGGCGCACGCCGGUUGCCUCUCCAGACUGUUCCUCUGCUGGCUGUCCCCUCUACUACAACUGGGGAAAAAACAGCGUCUAGAGGAGAGUGACAUGUAUAAUGUUCUAGAAGAGGAUCGCUCUGAAACUCUCGGCAAAGAGCUACAAAGUUUUUGGGACCGUGAAGUAAGAAAAUCUAAAAAACAGCUUUCUGAGCCCAGUCUAACAAAGGUCCUUUUCCAAUGCUAUGGAGCCUCAUAUGCAAAGGCUGGACUCUUUGCCUUUUCUUUGGAAGCUAUCAAAGUCAUCCAACCUCUUUUGUUAGGGAAAAUAAUUUUAUUUUUUGAGAAUUAUGACCCCAAUGAUGAUCAAAGUCUCUGGUUGGCAUGCACAUAUGCAGCAGCCAUUUCCCUGUCCACGUUUGGUCUAACGUUUCUGCAGCAUCUGUACUACUACAACUCCCAGAGGAUUGGCAUGAAGAUGAGGGUCGCUGUGUGUCACAUGAUCUUCAAGAAGGCCCUUCAACUCAGCACUGAAUCUGUUGGACGAACCACCACUGGCCAAAUAGUGAACCUUCUCUCCAAUGACGUGAACAGAUUCGAUGAGAUCACUUUAAACCUGCACUACCUGUGGAUAGGCCCCCUGCAGGCUGCAGUUAUCCUUGCGUUGUUGUGGUAUGAGAUCGGCCUCUCCUGUCUGGCUGGAGUGACCAUAGUGGCUCUCAUGUUGCCUCUACAGACCUGGUUUGGGAAGUUAUUUGGGCUAUUCAGGAGUAAAUCAGUUAUCUUUACAGACAACAGGAUCCGCAUCAUGAAUGAGGUCGUAUCAGGCAUCAGGAUCAUUAAGAUGUACGCCUGGGAAAAGCCAUUUUCGGCUCUCCUCACUGGUGUUAGAAAAAAAGAAAUUCAUCAAAUCAUGAAGAGCUCCUACCUCCGGGGUCUCAACAUGGCGUCUUUCUUUGCCAGCAGCAAGAUCAUUGUUUUCUUCACAUUCACUGUUUACGCUCUUCUGGGGAAUGCCAUAACAGCCAGCAGUGUGUUUGUCACUGUGUCUCUGUACGGGACCAUCAAACUCACUGUGACCCUCUUCUUCCCCCUGGCCGUAGAGAAAGUCUCAGAGACUCGAGUCAGCAUAUUCAGGAUUAGGAAUUACCUGCUGCUGGAUGAGGUUGAGAGAAAUGAUGUCGUUCUCGCUCUAGAAGACAAAGAGAUCCCUGUGGAGCUUCAUGACAUGAGUCUGGACGCGCCUUCACUGCAGAGCGUUUCCAUCACAGUGAAACCACAGCAGCUGUUGGCCGUCAUUGGGCCUGUGGGAGCAGGGAAGGAUGCAGACAUCUACCUCCUGGAUGACCCUUUAAGUGCUGUGGACGCUGAGGUCGGAAAGUUUCUGUUUGAUCAAGGUUCUCAAAUCUAUAAUUUAAUGCCAAGUUCGGUCACUCACCAGCUGCAGUACCUGAAAGGGGCCGACCACAUCAUCGUUCUAAAUGGAGAUUUGGGUCACAUUGUGGCUCAGGGAACAUACCAAGGGCUGACCGGGUCUGGAUUUGACAUGGUGUCUUUACUGAACAGUGACGAGGAGUUGUGGCCUCGUACUGUUGAGGAGCUUCAGACAAACCUGCUUCAGGAGCUAGAACCACAAACCAGACUAGAACCUACAAACACAAAUCCCACAGCGCACCGCUCCUGCAGCAAGACAGCUGCAUACAUCCUACAGGACUGGUGGCUGGUCUACUGGUGA